AUGCUUUCGUCUUCUUCCUCCAAGGUGCAGAAACUCAUGCUACUACUACACCAAUGCUCCGACACGGCUGCUUUACGCUGUGCCCACGCCCUCGUCAUCGUAAAUGGUCUCGCUCAAAGCUUCACCCUAGUCGCAAAGCUGCUCGGGCUUUGCUCCUCCCUUUCGGAAAGUGUUGCCUACGCGUCAUCCAUCUUCAGCGAAGUUCAUCGCCCCAAUGUCUUCCUUUGGAACUCACUUCUCAAAGCCUACUCAAAGAGCGACAACCCUCUCCAAGCUAUUUUUUCCUACCGUCGUUUCUGCUGUCUAGGCUUUCGACCUGAUUGCUACAGUUUCCCUCCCCUUUUUGAUGUCUGUAGGGAGCUCUCGGCUAUGAUCGAGGGCCUUCAAGUUCAUGUCCAUGUGCUCAAAACUGGGUUUGGGUCGAACCUUUGUGUACAGACCCAGUUACUUAGAUUUUAUGCGCAGUGCGGUGGCGUUGUCUCUGCACGCCUGGUGUUUGAUGAAAUGUACCAAUGGGGUAGAGAUGCGGUGGCUUGGACGGCUAUGAUUGAUGCUUAUGCAUCGGAGUCUGGGGAUGUGACAGAGGCGUUUAGGCUAUUCAAAGCAAUGCCAUUUGAAAGGGAUGCUGUGUGCUGGAAUGCGAUGAUUGUAGGGUUUAUUAGGUGGGGUGAGAUUGCUGCUGCAAGAGAGUUGUUUGUUGAAUUUUCAGGUAAGAAUGUGGCAUGUUGGACUUCCAUGAUCAGUGGUUAUGCCCAUAUAGGGGAAUACAGGGAGGCCCUCAAUGUGUUCAGUCAGAUGAGACUGUCGGAUAGUAAGCCUAAUUGUAUCACGUUGGUGAGUGCACUUUCUUCUUGUGCUCAUCUGGGUGCUAUUAGAAUAGGAAUGAGCAUACACGAAUACAUAGAAAAGAACGGUAUCUAUCUUGAUGUAUAUAUAGGGACUACUCUCAUAGAUAUGUAUUCAAAGUGCGGAAACAUUGAGAGUUCUAUGAAGGUAUUUGAUCUCAUGCCCCAAAAAGACAUUUAUUGUUGGAAUACUAUGAUCGAAGGGCUUGCAGUCCAUGGUCUUGGAUGUCAUGCCUUGGAAAUGUUCUCUGACAUGCAGGAUGAAGGGUUCGAACCAAAUGAAAUCACCUUUGUGGGCAUUUUAAUGGCUUGUAGCCACAUGGGUUUGGUGAAAGAGGGACAGUUUUAUUUUGAUAGCAUGAUUAAUCAAUAUGGCAUUGCACCCAGGAUCGAACACUAUGGUUGCAUGGUUGAUCUUCUUGGCCGGGCUGGUCUCAUAGAAAGGGCCGAAGAGCUAGUUAACACCAUGCCAAUUGAACCCAAUGCAGUUAUUUGGGGCGCUUUGGUUAGUGCCUGUAGGGUAGCAGGUAAUGUGGAACUUGGAGAAAGGGCUGCGAAGCACCUAUUGGACUUGGAACCUCAAAAUAGUAGCAAUUAUAUUCUCCUCUCAAAUAUUUAUGCUGCAGAAAAUAGGUGGGAUGAUGCUGAAAAGGUAAGGAAGAUGCUGAGGUGUUCUGGAGUCAAGAAGAUUCAUGGGUUUAGUUCUAUUGAAGUUGGUGGGGUAGUAUGUGAAUUUGUUCAGGGGGACAGAUUGCUAUCGAAGGAUAUCUAUCAACUGUUAGAUGACAUAGCAAUGAAGUUAAAGGAUAUGGGCCACAUACCUGGGAUAAAAGAGGUUUUCCAUGACAUUGAAAAAGAGGAAAGGGAAUAUGCCCUCUCUGGUAAUAGUGAGAAGUCGGCAAUUGUAUUCCAAGAAGUACACUCACAGUUGUGA